ACGUUAACUUGUUUCCCAUCCCCCCGCGAUAGAGAAAGCAACCGCAGCAAGUACCAGGGCCGUCAACGGGCCGGGCCUCAAAAUGUUGAUUUUGCUACCCCGAGCCGGGGCCAAUAUCAGCCCUAAUACCAACCAUCUGAUUAUUCCCCUGUAACUCGCUAUUUUACAUUCAAGAAUCCAUUUGAUAGAGAGGAUGGAUGGUUAGGAUUGCUUCAUCAGUUUGGUUUUAGAGAUAAGCUCCAUCCACGAUGGGCCCCACAAUUUGGAUGGUCUGUACUUCGAGUGCCAUCUGAGGAGGACGAGUCCCCAGACCAACGAACUCACAUCGUAUCCUUGUGAAUCUCUCUCUCUCUCUCUCUCCGUCGUUGAUCGAUGGGCCUAUCGGCAUCGAAGAGGGUCUCCAAAACCCUAGAAAACUCGCCGGAAUUCAACGCCGCCUGCGACUCCGCCUACGACGACUGCCUGAAUCUUACGCAACACGCCUUUCCCGGCGUAAAGCCCUACCAGCUCCUCCCCGCCUCCACCCGCCUCUACAUCGCCGUCUCCACCUCCGUCCCUCUCAUCAGUAGGUGGGCCCCAUCUCCUCCCACCCAGUCCCAGGUCGAUCGAGCCCUCGAAUCCGUCAACAUCGACGGAGGCGAAACCCUAAUCCUAACUCGCGAGCAGUUCAAGGCCUUCGCCGUGGAGCUCUUCAAGGACGUCAUCGUUUCCAACGCUCGGGGAGCGGUCCUGCGCCGAGUUCCGGUCGGAAUCGUCGGAAUCGCUGGGUUGGGGAUGGCGACUCGGUCGAGUCGAGAUGUGGUAGGGAAGGCGAUGGGGGUGUAUGCUCUCGGUGUAGCUGCGGCUGUUUACCUUAGCUUGUCUUUCUAGGGUUUGGUAAUGCCGUCGAAUAUACACACAAUCUAUUGUGUAUACGCUAUAUCAAAAGCCCAUUUCUGCUCCCGAGUAAUUAAUAUCAUAUUCGUGCC